AUGGAUGUAGAAUCAACAACAACAACAACUACUACUACUACAACUAUGAGUAGUCGUUAUAAUGCACGUAGUAUGAUAAAGUUUGAUUCAUUCACUCAUGAACAUCCUUUCAUCAAGAAUGCUGAAUGUUCUGAUACUUGUAAUGGACUAUUACUCUUUUCACUUCAAAAGGCAUUAUGGAUAUUCAAUUGUAUGAAUCAAAAGUUAUACAAUGCAAAUAUGCCAAUUGAAAAGACAGUAUAUAAUUAUAACCUUGAAAAGGGAGAGUAUCCAUUUAAAGUUGAAAAGGAUGAACAGUUUGUUGAUGCUUCAUUCUCACCUGUAUUUGAAAAUGGGUCAUUGUUGGUGGCAGCUUGUACAAACGAUCACGGAGCAUUUGUGUAUGCUCCUCCUAAACUAUCGAGUGACCCUUAUUCACCCGAAUGGACAUCAAUCUGUAAUCUAUCCGAUAUGCUCUAUCUACACUACCAAGAUGAAAAGAAAAAAAGACCAAACAAAGGUGUUGAUCCUUUACUCAUUUAUCGUGAUUAUGAUUGGGAUCUCAACUUUCAUCUUAAAAAGAUUGCAAAGAUGGAACCAUUGACAGAAGAUCAAAUGGAUGAAGCACGUUCAGAAUGGGAUUUGAUAGACUUUACAUCGGUGGCAUGGUCACCACUAGCAAGAGAUGAAAAGACAGGUAAACAAUACUGUCUGUUGGCAUUGGGAACUAAACUCAAGUUGGCUGUAUUCCGUAUCGAUUAUGAAGAUGGAUUUGUGUUUAGUGUAUUUGGUACAUACGAUUUGAAUGGAAUGGUCAAGUCACCACAAACAACUAGAAUCAAUCGUGCUUGUUGGCUUCCCUCUAAUCCUCCCGUCCUCACAACUGCCCACAGUGACGGUGGUGUUUACAACUGGUCGUUUGAAGAUAAAAAGAUAAAGAUGAUUAAGAAAUUGGUUGAUCGUGACGAAUCAAUGUGCAGUCUAUUGCGAUGGUCCAAUGUUGAAGAUGACCAACCCGUCCUCGUGAUUGGAAAGUUUUUCGGGUUCUACCUAUAUCAUUUAGACUUGGAUGUAAUGUCACCCAUGAUAAAUGAUCAGCGUAUUUCAUCUACCAUCCGUUCAGUCUCUUUCCACAAAAACAAUAGUUGUUUUAUGAUUACGUGUCUUGAUGGCACCAUACUCAACUAUUCCAUCACUCCCCAGUUUUGGAAAUCACUCAACCCAACCAAAGAUAUCGUCGUUGAAAAGGUUACACUCCCCGAACCAUCCAACAAAAUUCGUACCACCUUUCACUUUGCAAUUCCUUUUAAAUUAUUCUUAUUUAUUGGUGAAUGUAUCCCACCAGCAGCAGGAAUGUAUAAAACUAAAAUAGAAUUGGCAAGCAUGACUAUAUAUAAAUUAGAUGAUUUCAAUUUAUAUAAAGAUAAUUUUAUUAAAAUUUAUAGAGAUUUAAAGGAUUUAAGACAUAUAAAUACAAAUUGGGAAUUUUUAUUAUAUCAAAAGAAUUUGACAAGUGAACAAUUCCGAACCAUUCUAGGGAUGGUAAGUGAAGAGUUGAGAAAGCUUGGUGAUUUGUCGAUUGAACGUGUCAAUACACUUAGAUUGUUGGUUGCAACAUUCAACAACCAUAAGAAACUUCUUCCAAAACCCAAAACUAAAACAAUCACCAAUCACAAUAAUAAUAAUAAUAAUAAUAAUAAUAAUAAUAAUAACAAUGAAGAUAACAAUAAUAACAACAUAAACAAAGAAUUUGACAAUGAAAUCAAAACUACUCUAUUUAAUAUUCAAACCCUAUACAUUACAAAUAUCCUUAGAAAUGUAUUAGAUAAUUAUAAAGAUUUUGAAUUUAAAGAUUAUCAAAAAACAUCAUUAUUAUUAAUGUGUGAUUGGAUUAUAACAACAACAAACAAUCAAGAUGAAAGUAAAAUUAAAACGGCACAUAUGGUAUAUAAAUUACUCAAAGAACCAAUUCCAAAAGAUCCAAAUGAUCUACCAUCACGUGAACAUUGUUUCCUUUGUCAAGAACAAGUACCCAAUUAUAUCAAUAUGAUGAUAGGUGAGAUCAAAACAUGUCCAAAUGGAUGUCCACUCGAACGAUGUAUUCGUACCAAACAAAUCAUCGAUUCAAGUAGACUAUUUCUUUGUCACACUUGUGACAUUCGUUGCACAAUCUUUGAACAAGACGCCAUCUACUAUAAUCAUGACCGAUCAAAAUUUCAAUCCUAUCCAUUCAUCUAUGAUACUCUACCAUCUUCAUCUUGUAUAUUUUGUUAUGGUCCACUUGAAAGAAAUGCUCCUUUUAAUUAUUAA